UUUACCUCACUGUCAUUAAGGUUAAUUUCAUUUACAAUUUUGACGUAGUAUUACUUUUCUAAAUUAGUCGAAUUGAAAUGAAAAUAGCUAUCAUGAACGAAACAGGUGCACAAACGGUGGAAGAAGAAGACAAAAAACACAUUAAGGAAGACUAUUGUUCAGAAAAAGACAUAUGGACAAACUUUACACAGACAACUGGAUUCCAUGGAUUGAAUAAGAUAACCUUUGAGCGACAAAACCCGAGACAGUUGAUACGAAGUAUUUGUUGGAUAAUAGUUUGGCUCAUAUGCGCUGUAUUCCUGAUUUACACAGUUAUUGUAGAACUGAAUAAUUACUACAGCUACCCAACAAUUUCAAAUACCUACAUUCAACUUGAAGAAAACUUAUCUUUCCCGGCAGUCACCAUUUGUAAUAUGAGUCCGCGUUCAAGUGAAAGAAUAAAAAAGGAUGUCAAAACUAAUAACCUUUAUAUGACUACAAGUGCUUUGUAUAUGUUUAGUCACCAAAUCAACUGGAGCGACCCAUUCUAUAAAGAGGAAGGAUAUUUUGAAGCAACAACAAAAGAAGACCUUUUUAAUCACUCUAAAAAUAUAUGGGAAUCAGUUUACCUUUCAGUAUUUGACAAUGUACAACUAAAAGAUGCAUUUUCACCCGUGUACACCGACAUGGGAUUAUGUUUGAGAUUUAACUCGGAUGGUUCACAAUACACAGCCAUGUAUGGAGCUAUAUUUAAUCUACAAAUGCACGUUAAUAUUAUGACAUAUUUUGACUAUUUCAGUCAUUCCCUUUCAUCAGGAGUAAAAGUAGCUGUCCAUGACCAUCGAGUAGAACCAAUCAUGACAAAUGAAGGCCUUGUUAUUAAACCUGCUUCAGAAGCUUUUAUAGAAAUACGAAGGAAAGAUUACAAGUUUUUACCUGCCCCAUUUACGGCUUUUGGAAACAAGACCUGCGUGAACAAACCGGAUUACAGCUCCUCUAGAUGUUAUCAGGCAUGUUGGAAUGAAAUAAUUCAGCAUAAAUGUGGCUGCACUGAUUUUUUGUCAAAAGGAAAUGGUCCAUAUUGUUCUUACCACGAUUACCAGACAUGCUCAAAUCCUACAUUCUGGCAACUACUGCUUACAUACCAUAAGGAAACAUGCGAUUGUCCCCAAGUAUGCCAGUAUACAACAUAUGACUAUUCAUUCUCGACUGGAACAUAUCCAUCCGAAUUCUUUGUAUCACAAAUUUCUGCAAUCACUGGUUAUCCCGAAUGGUUCAUCAGGACAAAUUUUGCACUGAUCCGGAUUUAUUUCAAAGAUUUGUCAAUCACAAUCAAUGAACAGGUGGCGAAAUAUGAAAAUGCUGGAGACAUAUUUGCAAACUUAGGAGGACAACUAGGACUGUUUCUUGGAGCCAGUAUUUUGACCGUCACCGAACUUUUAGAAUUGAUCAUAUUUCUUAUUUGGUCUUUCAUACAUCGGGUUAAGAACAGAGGAAGAGAUGAACAAAGCAAAACAAAUUGA